AUGGCGCCUCCCACGACUCCUCGCGACACCGAGACGCGGCCAGUGCAGAAGUCGCAGCAGCAGCAAUAUCAACAUGCUGAAAUCAUCCUGAAUGCGGGUUAUUCGCAGGUCCGUCUCCAGUGCCAAUACCUCCUCCCGGUCCGGCAGCAGAAGGAUUUCUUCGGCACGGUAGAUCUCAUCCUCGCGGCCAAUCCGCAUACCUUUCCCACCGGCCUGUCGAUCCCCUCGCACACCCAUCAGGAUGCGUUUGUCUGCGAGCUGGAUGUGCACGGGAAGACCGUUCGAACCGCCCGGAUGGAUGCGUCCCGUCCGGUGUUGUGGCUGAUUCGGAUGGCGGCCGCUGCACAGGGAGUCGAGACGGGCGUGAAGCUCAUUCUGCCCGCGCGCGAGGGAUACAUGUGCCGGUCGGAUCUCAUUGAAGAACGGCUGCGAGGCUGCGGGCUGGUGCAAUCGGCUGCUGGGUUUGUGGCCUCCACCGAGGAGCGCCUCGUCCCAUGUCAAGAGGCAACGCUGUCCGCGAUCCUAUCGUCGGCCUGCGGUGGGCUCGUCACGGCGGACUCUCCAUCCACCACCAGCUCCGUCCAGUCCAUCCUCGAUCAGCUGGAACCGGAGCUGGACAGAAGGCUCUCUUUCCCCUGGCUAUCGGCUGCGCCCUUCCCGCGCCGGCGACUGGCCGUCGUCCAGGCCCGCAAGGAGUACCGCACCAUCGAGCGGUUCUACAUGGCCGCCCGAGCCCUGAACAUCAGUCUCAUCGCGGUGGACUCGCCCGGUCACUGGCUGCAGGACGACACAGGGCCGAGCGCCUCCCUCCGCGAGGCCUUCAUCCCCCUGGACAUGACCGUCGACGAGAGGUUCCCGCACCGGCUGUAUGCCGCCCUGAAGGACUACCGGCUCGACGGGAUCAUCACCUCGAACGACCGGCACCUGGUCGGGGUCGCCCAGGCCGCAGAGAUGCUGGGCCUGCCGACCAUGCCUUCCGCCGCUCUCGCGAUCACCACCGACAAGGCCGCGACGCGCGCAGCAGAGGAAGCAGCCGAAGCAGAGGACGCAGCAGCGGCCGGCCGCACCCACGGACCCGCCAGCUUCAGCGUCGACAGCCUCGCCGAGCUCGACGACCUCCUCGCCCGUCCCGCCACCGCACUCCCCUUCCCCCUCAUCGUCAAGCCCUGUCUCGGCUGGUCCAGCGACUGCGUCGCCCGCGUCACCACCACAGCCGAGCUGCGCGACGCCGUCCACCGCGCCGCCUCCCGCCACACCCACUCGGGCUCCCUCUCCUCCAGCACCAAGGUCGUCGUCGAGCCCUACAUCGCCGGCCCGGAAGUCGACACCAACAUCCUCCUCCUGGACGGCGAAUGCCUCUUCUUCGAGGUCGCCGACGACUUCCCCUCCACCGGCGACGCCGCCGCCGGAGCCGGCACCGCCGGCAACUUCCAAGAAACCCAAAUCGUCUAUCCCUCCGCCCUCCCGGAACCCGAACAGCGCCUCCUCCGCUCCAGCAUCCACCGCAGUCUGCUCCGACUCGGCCUCCACACAGGCGUCUUCCACGUCGAAGCCCGCGUCCGCGACUCCGCCGCCUCCUACCAAUCCACCCCCACCGAACCCCUCGACCUGCUCCCGCUCCCGCUCCCCACUCCCACCGCCAGCCAGCCCUCCUGCUGGCUGCUGGAGAUCAACGCCCGCCCGCCCGGCGGCUUCUCCGACUGGGCUUCCGCGUACGCCAGCGGCGUCUGUUACCACGCGCAGGCGAUCCUGGCCGCCAUCGACGACAAGCUGCGGUUCCGGGUGCUUGCGACUCCCUUUGCCGCGCCGGGCCCCGGCGACGUGCGGGGGGGUGCGGAUGCGAAUCCGAAUCCGAAUCCGAAUCCAGACGCCGCGGGCGAAAAGUCCUGCCCCGUGCCGCAGUUCGACUGCAUGCUCGCGUAUGUGAGUCCCGACCGCGCCGGCGUGCUGCGCAACGACCCCUGUGCGGAGCUGGCGCGGCGGGCGCCCGAGCUGCAGCGCCACGUGCUGCGGGACUGUUGCUGGUAUCGGGCGGGGGACGCGGUGUCGGGCCCGCAGGACCCGAGUCUGGGCUGGUUGGCGACGUAUUUGGUUUUUGGGACGGGGCGGGGGGAGGUGCUGAGGCUGGGGGAGAGGAUUCGGGGGGAGUUUCGGGCGGAGAUUGCGUAG